AGAUAUGAUGUCAGCGUGGUGCACCGACUUACGCAUGUGUGAGAAUAAGAAAACGAAAGUGAAGGAUGAAAGCAAAUUCAGUUUGUGUACUAAUUUACAGCGCGUUGAACUAAAAUAAUAUAAAUAAACAACUAUGGCAUUAGAAAAAAAGCAAAGUAUUAUGGAAAGAUUAAUAAUUUUUAACGAAACUGAUAUUAAAACAGUGAAGGUUAUCAGUUAUGGAAUUGCUAGUAUAAGUUUAGUUGUUGCACUUUAUCGAAUUAGACCUUUUGCUAAAUUUAGAAAACCGUCCAGUAUACCAUCUCAUUUUAUACAAAAAAGAGUUGAACUUCGAGGUACUGUGAAACGUAUAGAUCCUAGCUAUGGCACAGUUCUCAUGGUUGAUCACAAGCCAUUAAUACCUUUACCCCGAUUGAGCGGUUCUAAAUAUUUACCAAUAAAAAUAGCUGGACUUGACAUAACAGCCAAUGGUAUUAGUUGGUUACAAACAAUUGUUGGUCAAAAGGAAAUAACUUUCAUACCUUUAGCAAAAAGAAAAGAGUACUUAAACUGCAUAGUCGUGUUACAACACAAUCAGGAACAAUUAAAAAUUGGCGAAGAAUUAAUAAAGGUUGGCUUUGCUUUAAUAAAUGAAAGCUCUCUAAAACCAAUGUCAAAGGAUAAGGAUAUCUUACAUUAUCAAAAAUGUUUAUUAAAUGCUCAGAAGUGGGCACGAUAUAAAAGAAAUGGAUAUUGGCAUUUUGCUAUAUAUCCUAGCAUUUUCUGGAAAAUGCAGCAGAAUUUAGCCAAAAAACUAAAGUCUAUAUUACCCACUUUUAUAACAAAACAACUUAAUAUUUGAGCAUAGCUUUAUAAUUCCUUUUGUUCUAUUCAUGGACAGUGAUUCCAUUGUAUAAAUAAAAACAGAUUAACAUAUAUUUUUAUAAUGUACUUAAACAUUUGUAAUCUGUGUUAUUUUUAAAGGAGUAAAUAAUAGCAAUUAUAAAAGUCAAUAUUUAGAAAACAAAAAUUUUAUUUUUAUACCAUUUAUACAUCCUUUUACCAACUUUUAUAUACAAUUAAAAGCAUUAUUUUUCACCGCUAUGUAUAUAAGUUUACUGUAUUAGUUGAAGAAUGCUAAUUUUAAUAUAUAUGUAUAUAGGUUUAUUGCAUUAGCCAAAGAAUAACUAAUUUUUAUUUUCAUAUGUAUAUUUUAUAGAAUAUACCUUACAUAGAAAAAUAGAUCACAUACAA